AUGGAUGAACUUUAAUUAGUGAUAUUAAUCAUAUUAUUAAGACAUUACAAAUAUUUGUCUCUUGCCUGCUUACGAAAACAACAGGUUAAAUAUGUUGUUAAUGAUGACAUAUAUGAUAAACGGAGUUCCUGACUAAAUACUGGGUAUCAUAAUUGUUCAACAGAGGCUCUACAGUGUAAUCAUGGCAUCGAUUUCACAACUUACAGAAGAAGAGGGAAAUUUCACAAGAUUUUUCUUGCUCAACUUUAAAGUAUCACCUGAGAUUGCAAGGCGAUUCUUUGACGGAGUAUUUCCACGAACACACUUAGCUCAAAUCAUCAACAAUAGUAUGAGUGCCAUCAUGAAGUUGAACAAAUCAAAAAGAAUCAAUGCAGCCCAAUUACAAAUACUAAGGGGUGUCCCUGGAACGACAUGGCCUUCAUAUUUCCCUCCGAUGACCGGAACAACACCAACCUCUUCCAAGGACUUUGAUUUGACAAUGAUGAUAUGUCUGUUACGUAAUAUAGGAGGUUUAGCUACACCUACCAAUGGAUGGGAUCGACUUCCUCCGCCGAAUGAAAUUUUGCCGGGAGCAGACUUGGCUACACUGAAGUGGUACAGAAAUCAAUUGGCCCAUACAACAGUUUCCUCUAUGGAUAACAAUGCAUUCGCACUCCAAUGGGCUCAGGUUGAUCAAAAGCCAAUGCAGCUUUCGUUGAAACAUGGAUUAAAGAUGACAAAACGUUUUGUGAGACAGUGGGAUCAGAAGUUGUUUAUGAUAAAGUAAAGGAUUGUAACUGUAUUGUGGUAACAUCAAAAUUGGGGUUAGAAAAGACAGCCACCAUUCGACAUAUCGCAUUGAAAUUUAAACUGAAAGGAUUUGAAAUUGUCCCCGUAGAAUCCCCGAUUGAUAUAAUCAAAUAUAAAACAAAUAAAAAACAAAUGUUUUUUAUUGAUGAUGUCCUUGGAAAAUACAGUUUAAGUCCAACCCGCUUAGGUGAAUGGGAAAGAUUGAACGAUAAGCUAAUGAAUUGUUUAAACACACAAAUUGGCUCGAAAAAAAUAUUGUGUACUCUGAGAUUACAAAUAGCUCUCCAAAAAAGAUUUAAAAAUGCAACGACUAUUUUAAACAAAGAAGUCAUAAAUUUAGAGCACGAAUCUAAUGUUCUUUCAAAAAAGGAAAAGAAGAUAAUAUUAUUGAAACAUCUACGGAGUAUUACUAUAGAAAAAAACAAUUGAAACAGAGGAGCUUGAGACAAUGUGUGAAACAAAUUAUGCAUUUCCUCUUCUUUGCAAAUUAAUUUCAACUAAUGAGGAAAGAUACAAAAAAAGAAUGACAUUUUUUAAGCAACCAUUAUCGCUUCUAAAAGAGGAACUAGAUAAAAUAAGGAAUGACGAUAAAACGUUAUAUUGUACUUUGGUAAUAUGUUUGUUGUUUGAUGGUUCAUUAAGUAGAAGUAUGCUUGAUAUUGACUCGACGGAAUCUGAUAAGAAAAUAUACAAAAUAAUGCAAACUUGCGGACUUCAAAACAUGUCUAAGAAGGCACUUUGGGAAAGCGCAUUUUCUGCUUUAGGAUCUUAUCUUACAAAGGACAGUUACAAUUUCAGGUUUAUUCACGAUGCUCUUG